AUGGAAGUUGUGAAGGGUGAAUGGCUUCCUUCGGGCGAGACUUUGAAUGGUUCAAAGCUGCGGCAUCGAAAGCUGAUGGGUCAACAACCCUCCAUCACCGAAAGAGGGGAUUCAGAGUACAACACUGAAAACAUCGAUCCGCUAGACUCAUCAUCUUUUGAACAUUCAACCGGGCCUUCAGUCCCUUUACUAAUGCUGAAUGAAGUAAUAGGCAGAGAAAAUAUUAACUUCUUCAGCCUCUUGGAUGGUAGUGUCCAUGGAGUAAAGAUGCCUCCUGAGUUACGCGGGGCUCUCUGCGUUGGAUCUUCCCAUGGUUGGCUGCUGAUGUCUCUUGCUGUUCCAACUAAGAGUAACAGUUUUUUCACUCAUAUCCUGUCGUUGCCGAAGGAAGUUCGGAUUAAGAAUUUUCUCUUCAACCCAUUCAAUAAAGACGCAAUCCAUCUUCCAUCCCAGACAACUCUGCCAUUAUAUGGUUCUGAUGAUCAAAUAUUCAUUCGAAAAUCCAUUUUAUCUUGUGCACCCACUUCUGAUAACCUUGCAGCUGGGAAGUGCAUGGUUGUGAUAAUAUGUUAUUAUGGGAAUUUGGCAUUUUGUAAACCAGGAGACACAUCAUGGUCCAUCUUGGAUUCGACUAAGAGAGGAUUUUCACAUGUAGAUGCUGUGUUCUAUGAGGAAAAGUUAUAUGCCAUCAGGAGAGAUGAGAACCUCAGCAUCUUUAAUGGACUAGGAAGUGGUGAAGUAACAAGAAUCAAUAUGGUUUCUCCUACAGAUCGUGAAACUGCUAUUCCUAUAUUCCUUGUGGAUGGCCAGAAAGUUCCGCUAGGUGAAAAUCAAACUAUGUACUUGGUGCCAUCUAACGGGGAUCUGAUUAUGGUUUUGAGAAUUUGGAAUUAUGAACCCGAGAAUGAUAGACAAAUAUUGUGCCCUAUCCGAACUGUUCAGUUCAAGGUGUUCAAGUUAGAUUGCAGCAUUCCACAAUGGGUUGAGAUCAAGAGCUUAGGGGAUAAAAUGUUGUUCUUGGGUACAAGCUGCUCAAAAUCUUAUUCAGCUGCUAAACAUGGGUUCAAAGGGAAUUCAAUUUUUUUCACAGAUGACAAUUUUGAUGCAUAUCUUCAUGAAGAAGAUAGACCCAGUGAGUUACGUGACAUGGGACUUUUUCGAUUAGACAAGGGAAGCAUUGACCCAUACUUUCUAAGUAGGAUCAAUUCAUUUUCCUCUAGGUUCAUAUGGGUUGAUGAACUUUCCUGUGUUGACUGA